GCAAUAUCAUUGGAAAACUUGCACGGUGAAAGAAAGACAACGAACAAAACACACAAUGGCGACGGCGGCGACAACGGCAGGCGGAACGGGAUCGGGCGGACCGGCCACCGGCCCGGUAAGCAGCGGGACCGCAGUGGGACGGAAGAAAGACGGCGGUCCGUCCACGAAGUUCUGGGAAAGUUCAGAAACGAUAUCUCAGCUGGAGACGGUGCGGCAGUGGAUCGGAAAGCACUACAAGAAGUACGUCCAGAACGACUCCCCCUCCAGUAAGUCUCUGGCGGGUCUGGUGGUCCAGCUGCUGCAGUUCCAGGAGGACGCGUUUGGACGUAGAGUCAAUAAUCCAGCUCUGACCAAACUUCCUGCAAAGUGUUUCCUGGACUUUAAAGCGGGUGGAGCUCUUUGUCACAUCCUGGGGUCAGUCUAUAAGUUUAAGAGCGAGCAGGGCUGGCGAAGAUUUGACCUGCAGAAUCCAUCCCGCAUGGACAGGAACGUGGAAAUGUUCUUGAACGUGGAGAAGAACUUGGUCCAGAACAACUGUCUGACUCGACCCACAGUGUUUCUGUCGCCUGAAAUGGAGCAGAAACAAACCAGUAAGCUCAAAGACAUCAUCAAGAGGCACCAGGGUUCCAUCACUGAUGACAAGUCCAAAGCCACCCACCACAUUUAUCCGUCUCCACCCCAACAGGAAGAAGACGAGUGGCUUCGUCCAGUCAUGAGGAAAGACAAACAGGUGUUGGUGCACUGGGGUUUGUCUCCAGACAGCUAUGAUACCUGGGUGUCAGCCAGUGAGGUGGAUGGUGAUGUGGAGGAGCCACCAAGCACUGACAGACCAUGGAAGGUUCACGCCAGGUGGGUUUUAGACACUGACGCUUUCAAUGAGUGGAUGAACGAAGAAGACUACGAGGUGGACGAGAAUAAGAAGCCCGUCAGCGUCCGCCAGAGGAUUUUUCCCAAAGAAGAGGAGUCUUCCCGUACACCCGAUCGCAAGGAGCGCAAGGCCAACUCUGCGGGGAAGAAGAGGAGGCGCUCACCCUCACCGCCCAGCACUCCUGCUGAGUCCCGCAAGAAGGGAGGAAAGAAGGGGAACCCGGGGCCUCACUGGAAGCGUCGGGGCCACAGAGGCGAAGAGGAGGACACGGAGGAGGACAUGACCAAGGACAUGGAUGACUCUUCAGCUGGUGCCAGCAUUGAAGAAGGCAGCAUGUCUAAGAAUGCAACUUCAAAGAAAGACAGUGAGAACACUCCAGUGAAGGGAGGGAAUGUGGCUGACCUGGAUGACAUGGAGGAUGACUCUGUGGUGUCCGGUGGAAAGGACGAGGAGGAACAGGGCAAAGCUGAAAUCAACCGACUGAUGGACGCUGGCGAGGACAAUGUGACUGAGCAGACUCACCACAUCAUAAUCCCCAGCUACAGCGCCUGGUUUGACUACAACUGCAUCCAUGAGAUCGAAAGAAGAGCUCUGCCAGAGUUUUUCAAUGGAAAGAACAAAUCCAAGACUCCAGAGAUAUACCUGGCUUACCGUAACUUCAUGAUCGACACAUAUCGCCUGAACCCUCAGGAGUACCUCACCUCCACCUCCUGUCGCAGGAACUUGACUGGGGACGUCUGCGCCAUCAUGAGAGUUCACGCGUUUUUGGAGCAGUGGGGUUUGGUGAACUACCAGGUGGACUCUGAGAGCCGCCCAUUACCCAUGGGACCUCCACCCACUCCUCACUUCACCGUGCUGGCGGACACACCAUCUGGUCUCAUGCCCCUGAACCACAGACCCCCACCGAUUCCUCCUCAGCAGCCGAUGCCCAACUUUGCAGACAAAGGCAAAGACAAGGCCAUCGACCUGCAGAACUUUGGCCUUCGCACCGACCUCUACAACAAGAAAAAUCUGAAGGGUAAAACAGGUAACUCCACCAGGGAUUGGACGGAGCAGGAGACUCUGCUGCUGCUGGAGGCCCUGGAGAUGUUUAAAGACGAUUGGAACAAAGUGUCUGAGCACAUCGGUUCACGCACCCAGGACGAGUGUAUCCUGCACUUCCUGCGGCUGCCCAUUGAGGACCCAUACAUAGAGAGCACUGAGGCGGCCCUGGGCCCUCUGGCCUACCAGCCCAUACCCUUCAGCCAGUCUGGAAACCCAGUCAUGAGCACUGUCGCCUUCCUGGCCUCUGUGGUUGACCCCAGGGUGGCAUCUGCUGCCGCCAGAGCAGCUCUAGAGGAGUUCUCCCGAGUACGUGAGGAGGUGCCAGCUGAGUUGGUGGAGGCUCACGUGAAGAAAGUGCAGGAGGCGGCCAGGAGCACAGGGAAGGUGGACCCCGCCUUCGGCCUGGAGAGCAGUGGCAUUGCAGGCACCGCCCCAGACGAACCAGAAAAGACUGAAACCAGUGAGACAGAGAAGUUGGAGACGGACUCAGACUCCCAGCAGGCCGAUAAGGCGGAGUUGAAGGACGAGGCGGAGAAGCCCAGUGAGUCUGCAGAGAAGAGCGACAAGAUGGAGUCCACAGACAAGGUGAAGAAGGAAGGGGCGGAGGCGUCGGAACGUGAGGAGGAGAGUGAAGACGGAGGGGAGUCUAAGACGUCUUCAGCAGACAAAGACAAGGAGGAAGCGAUGGAGACGUCGUCCUCGGAGCAGGAGAAGGAGAAAGAGGACAAGGCAGCUACAGAGGAGGGAGAUGACAAGAGGAAGAAACUGGAGCAUGACAUUGGAGAAGGAAACAUUGCUACUGCAGCAGCUGCUGCGCUGGCAUCUGCCGCCACCAAGGCCAAGCACCUGGCGGCGGUGGAGGAGAGGAAGAUCAAGUCGUUGGUGGCUCUGCUGGUGGAGACCCAGAUGAAGAAGUUGGAGAUCAAGCUGCGACACUUCGAGGAGCUGGAGACGAUCAUGGACCGAGAGAAAGAGGCUUUGGAGCUUCAGCGGCAGCAGCUGCUGACCGAGCGCCAGGCGUUCCACAUGGAGCAGCUCAAAUACGCCGAGAUGAAGGCAAGGCAGCAGAUGGAGCAGCAAGCCGCCGCUGCCGCCGCCGCUGCUGCAGCCGCUGCCCAGGCUCAAGGACAGGGACAGGCUCCUGGAUCUGGACCCCACUCUGGGCCCCCUCCAUCAGGCAUGCACCCUGGAGGGCCCCAACCACAUCAUGGAGCACCACUGCCCCACCAUGGAGGGCCUCCACCCGGUGCCGCCAUGCAUCCCGGAUACCCCCCCAUGGGUCACCACCCCAUGGCCCCCCACCACCCAGGACAGACAGGACCGAUGGGACCGGGUCAGCCGAUGCCGGGACGGAUGAUGGCUGGGCCGCCCUCCGCUGGCCCCCCUCCUGGCGGCAUGCCACCCAUGAUGCCCCCACGCCACCCUGGAGCUCCUAACGGCAUGUUCCACAACCAAUCAGCAGCUGAGCUCAGAUGUCCAUUCAACAAAGACCCCGGACCGCCACCUGCACAGCCCGACGCUGUACCUCCUGUUCCUGUUGGUCCUCCGGUGCCAGCGAGUGGACGAGGGGCCGACAACUGAAACACACACACACACACACACACACACACACACACUAAACUAAUUCUGUCUCUCUGAUGGCCUCCGCUCCAUUUGUUUCCUUCAUCAUCAUCUUCAUCACACACAAACACACACUCAGGGGUAACCCAGUACACACAUGCAGACUUCCUCUCAGGGCGCAGCGGCAACGGUCGUCACAGUGACUGAGGUCAUGUAUUAAUAAACACUGUCUGGUCACAAAGAAGCUGAGGAGAAAACGACUGGACUGUCUCAUCUUUUUCCUCUUUCCAAUGACACUGUAAGCCCCGCCCCCACGCCAACUCUCCAUAACGCAGACACACACACACACACACACACACACAGGUGAUGAUGUGAGCCCCGCCCCUCUUCUGUCUUGUCGAGUAUCUACCUCUCGCUCCUCUUAAAAUGAUACACUGUACUGUCUGUGUGUAUGUGUGUGUGUGUGUGUGUGUGUGUGUGAUGGCGUUCACUCGUCUGCUUCUGAUGUCAUCUUUGGUCAGGUGCAGACAGGUGAUAGAAGGUGGGUCGAUGUUAACACAGAUGGAAGGAUCUGAUUGGCUCUCGACUGUCAGCUGCGUCGUUUCCUGCUGAAGAUUCAAAUCUUUAAAAAAAAAAAAAAGUGUCAGAAAUACAGAGUUCGAUUUUUCCUCAACAGCUGUCGACUU